CGCAUCGUAAGACUGAGUGCUGACGCGGGCGGGUGUUAAUUUUCUUAGAAGAUUGUUUGGUUUCAGAGAAAGAAAGUAAAUUUCCUUUUCUGUGGUUUUCGAGGCCAAAUCCCUAAUCCGCUUCCCACCUCCGGGCCGGGCACUCUUUUCGGUACCUUCGCCGUCCUCUCUCUUUCUCUUCGAUCCUCUCCCCGGCUUUUGGAUUUGGAGGCAGAUUUGUCCUUUAUCCCAACUUCCUUAAAGGUCGAUCACUAAUCUCCACCUUAGCUCUUUCUCUUCCUCUUCUUCUACUCGUUCUUUGGUACUACUCGUUUUCAGUUGUAUCAGUUUACAGUUUCCAUUUCCUUGGUGGGUUGUAUUGAAUUGUCUUGGAACUCAACCAACAUGCCUUCCUGAUAAUGAUGUUGUGAAUCUCCUCUCCUUUCUCUCUUCCUCUCUCUCUCCCUCUGCAGUUGGCUGGAGAAUUUUGAUUUCCACUGCAUGCUUGAAUUGGACUCCCAAGGUAGAUUUGUUGGCGAGAGUUCAGUUUUCUUUCUUCUCCUGAAUUGCGCGUUUCAAUGAUUUGGAUGGGAAUGACUGACUGCAGUACUUAGGAAGUAUCAUGGUUACCAGUUACAAUAUCUUGAUUACGACACGUCUAUUCUGACUAAAAGCAUCUGUCUGAGCGUUCGCUUACCGGUGUUUGUUUUGAAUUCGCUGAUUUGGAUUGUUGUAAUUUCUUGGGUCUCUCCCUGCCCAUUUCCUUCGUUACCCUGCGGAGUUUCAGAGGUUGAAUAGUGUAGUCUAUCUAUCAUCUUUUGCUUCUUAAGGAACGGCUAAUGUUUGAUGAAUCCCUUGAAUGAAUGACGCAGGUAUUGUGUGGAGUAAAAGAUGACUACUUUGGAUGCCACAAGAGCUGAACUUGCCCUCGUAGUUUUGUAUCUGAACAAGGCCGAGGCAAGGGACAAGAUAUGCAGGGCGAUUCAAUAUGGCUCUAAAUUCCUGAGUAACGGGCAACCCGGAACUGCUCAAAACGUAGACAAAUCCACCAGCUUGGCAAGGAAAGUUUUCCGUCUCUUUAAGUUUGUCAAUGAUUUGCAUGGUUUGAUCAGCCCAGUACCUCAAGGAACUCCUCUUCCUCUUGUUUUGUUGGGAAAGUCCAAAAAUGCAUUGUUGUCCACUUUCUUAUUCCUUGAUCAAAUAGUUUGGCUUGGUAGAACUGGCAUCUAUAAGAACAAAGAACGAGCUGAGCUACUUGGUCGCAUCUCUCUGUAUUGUUGGAUGGGGUCAUCAAUCUGUACCACUUUGGUUGAGGUUGGGGAACUCGGUAGGCUGUCUGCAUCAAUCAAGAAGUUUGAGAAAGAGCUUAAGAACACUGAUAAGUAUCAAAACGAGCAAUACCGUGCUAAGCUCCAAAAGUCAAAUGAGAGGUCACUAGCUCUCGUCAAGGCAGGCAUAGAUAUUGUGGUUGCAGUUGGGCUUCUGCAGUUGGCACCCAAGAAAGUUACUCCUCGUGUAACUGGAGCAUUUGGAUUUACUAGCUCCUUGAUCUCCUGUUAUCAGUUGCUUCCAUCACGACCGAAGUCAAAGAUAGCCUGAAGAGGAUGCACAACGUUGGAAUGAAUGCGAUGGUCAAGGGAAGGAUAGCUUGAUGGUUUGCCAGAGGAAUACUCUAAGCUAGCAUGGAAUGUUUUGGUGCUAUGCUGAAGAAAAACUUCAACUUUGGUUUUAAAUAAUUGGUUGAGAGUUUGUUAUAUAAAAAGUUCUUGUUCGGUGUAAGCAUUUUGCUUUUGGGUUUGUGUCUCAAAAACCUUGCGUCACCACCAUACUUCAUCGGUCAUGCAUUCCUGAUCUGUUGGAAUAAUAGUAUAAUGGAAGUUGAAUCUAGUGCUCGACAGGCAUCAUUAGUACGAAAAAUUUCCGACGAUUGGCCCAAAUUGUCAAUAAUUUUUG